AGAAGACCCUCCAAGGGCUGCCCAAAAUGAAGACAGCCAGAGACAGUACGCGUCGUUUGACGGAGUCCAACUUGGAACAACAUGGCGAGCUCCUGCAACGGCAGGAGCUCAACACCAGAACAGUCCCAUGGGCCGAGAAAGUCAUCAAGGACGAGCAAAUCCACCAAUUCUACUCGCAAUCCCACCUAAGAGCUCUCGAGCGCCGGCAUCCGCAAGACGCCAUCCGUGACAUUCACCUCGCCGCCACUAGUGUCUCGAGAACAGACUCAUCAAUUGGAAGCCUCAAGCUCUUCGAACCGCAGCAGGGGAUGUGCCGCGAAGACCCGUUGGAACGCUUCCUGACGCCGGACGGAUGUGGUGGCCCAUAUGCUCGAGCUGCAUUGAGAGAGAUGGGGUACUCGUUUGGGAGUAUGGACGGAAGGGAAGAAAGGAAACAAAUAGCCCAGCAGAGGGCUGAGGCGGUGGUCAAGAGGAAGGCCAGGGAGCGGACGGUAGACAGUCGACGAAGUUGAUGAAGGAUAGGGUCACAUAAUAUCAUGGCACAAGAUGACAUUCGUGUUCAGGGGAUACAGGCGUUUACUAUAGAGGUUUUCAUGCUUCGUGGUCAUGUUCUGAUGCAAAAUGUUCAAUUGGGUAUAUAGACAGUUUGUCUCAAGUUGCGUUUUUCACCUGCUGUUGCAAAUCGAUCGACUGUUGAACCGGCUUCAAAACGCUCC